GUGUUGGCCGAUGGUUGCGUACUUGUGUGCGUGGUUGCUCCCCUUCUUCUUGGACAGUCGAUAAGGUUAUCCGCUAGGUUGGACUCUUUGCAAGUGAGGCUGCGGCAUUCGAAGCCCAACCAGUGAAUGGUGCUGGUCUCUUUUAUUCGAGUUCCUAUACCAAUCAGUAGUAGGCGGCGUUGCAGGGCCACCACUGUCGAGCGCGGGCGACUCUGCGAUGCCGUGCGAUGGUCGACUUCUUAUAACAGGGAAAGCAAACUUGACGUAUCUGCUCCCAAAAUAGAAGCAAAAAUGGCGAUGCGAACCUCUUCGUACAGGAUUUUGUCACAGAGAACUAAUAUAGGUGGUGGAAAAAGGACAGCUGUUAGCUUAUUUUGUUGUAGAAGGAGAUCUUUGAGUAACGUCUUCCCUAUCUUGAAUGCCAUGGAUUGUUCUACUUUUUCGGGUGAAGAUUGUGCUACCAUUUCAAAAAGAAAAUCAUGUGGACUUGUCACUGCAGCAAGGAAGUCAUCAGAAGGUACAAAGCAAGCAAAUGGAAAGUAUAAGGACACCGUUGAUCUGCCCAAGACAAAAUUUGAUCUAAGGGCAAAUGCUGUUGUUAGGGAGCCACAAAUUCAGAAGCUAUGGGAUGAUAAUCAGGUCUUCGAAAGAGUUGUCGAUAGGAAUAAUGGGGGAAGCUUCAUCCUUCAUGAUGGUCCACCAUAUGCGAAUGGAAAUCUACAUAUCGGCCAUGCUUUAAAUAAGAUUCUGAAAGAUAUGAUCAAUCGGUACAAGCUUCUUCAAAAUUAUAAGGUCCAUUAUGUGCCUGGAUGGGAUUGCCAUGGCCUUCCAAUUGAGUUGAAAGUUCUACAGUCAAUGGAUCAAGAUGCUCGAAGGGAGCUCACACCAUUGAAGUUGAGAGCGAAGGCUGCCAAAUUUGCCAAAGACACUGUUAAAGCUCAGAUGAAAUCAUUCAAGCGCUUUGGGAUUUGGGGUGACUGGAAUAAUCCUUAUUUAACUCUUAAUCCAGAAUAUGAAGCUGCUCAGAUUGAAGUGUUCGGUCAAAUGGCUAUCCAAGGAUAUAUUUAUAGAGGUCGUAAGCCAGUCCAUUGGAGUCCGUCAUCACGCACUGCUCUAGCAGAGGCUGAGUUAGAGUAUCCUGAGGGGCACAUUUCGAGAUGUAUCUAUGCUAUUUUCAAAUUGGUUAGUGCACCUACCACUUCAAAUGACUUACUGGAGGAAUUUUUUCCACAUUUGUGCCUGGCUAUAUGGACAACUACUCCUUGGACUGUCCCGGCAAAUGCUGCUGUUGCGGUGAAUGCUAAGCUUCAGUAUGCUGUGGUUGAAGUAUUAUUACCAAUGACGGAUGCUUCUAAAUCACUGGGAAGUGGAAAACAGAAGCAUGGUAAUGUUCUGAAUGGACAAUUGGCAGGGAAUCUAUUCCUUAUUGUGGGGUCGGAUCUUGUGCCAACAUUAGAAUCAAAAUGGGGUGUGAAGCUUGCAGUCAAGAAAACUCUAUCUGGUUCUGAUCUUGAAAAUUGCAGGUAUCUGCAUCCAAUAGAUAAACGGGAAUGUCCUGUUGUAAUUGGGGGAGACUAUAUAACGACUGAGUCUGGAACUGGACUGGUCCACACAGCCCCUGGUCAUGGUCAGGAGGAUUACACAACUGGUCUGAAGUAUGGGCUGCCUAUACUUUCUCCAGUAGACGAUGAUGGGAGAUUUACUGAAGAAGCUCGUCAAUUUAGUGGAUUAGAUGUCCUCAGUGAUGGUACUGAUGCCGUGGUAAAAUACUUGGAUGAACAAUUGUUGAUUCUUAUGGAGGAACCUUACAAGCAUAAGUACCCAUAUGACUGGAGAACCAAAAAGCCGACAAUAUUUAGGUCAACAGAGCAAUGGUUUGCUUCAGUUGAAGGGUUUCGUCAGGCUGCCAUGGAUGCAAUCGGUCAGGUCAAAUGGAAACCGGCACAGGCUCAAAACAGAAUUUCUGCAAUGACUUCCAGCCGCUCUGAUUGGUGUAUUUCACGUCAAAGGAUUUGGGGAGUUCCCAUUCCAGUUUUUUAUCAUGUAGAUUCGAAGGAACCUCUGAUGAAUGAAGAGACGAUCAAUCAUAUCAAGUCUGUGAUAUCCAAAAAAGGAAGUGAUGCAUGGUGGUACAUGUCAGUGGAGGAUCUACUCCCAGAAAAAUACCGUGAUAAGGCAUCAGAUUAUCAAAAAGGAUAUGAUACAAUGGAUGUUUGGUUUGAUUCGGGUACUUCCUUAGAAUAA